GGAAGGGCCUCAGGCAGCGCUUGCUGCAGCGGCGGCAGCGGUUUGUCCAGGAUUCCGGUGUUUCUCCCCAUCACGCUUUAGUCCUGUCCCUUCAAGCCUGCGGGGAAUUGCCCGCUGUCUGAGCAUGCAGAGAAUAAAAACUGCUGGGGGAGGAUGUGGUGGGCAAAGAAACAGACCCUGAAAGACACCUGGGUAAGCUGUCCCAAAAAUGUGUCUGUGGCUGCGGGUUCUGGUUUGCUCAGGGGAAAGGCAAGUGCAGAGUGCGUCUGAGGAGCUCAGGAAGAGGAAUUUCAUCCCUUCAAAAAGAAUCAGAUCUUCCUUGUCCCUACAAAAGUUGGAGGACCCACAAAGUCAGACUUAACCUUUUGCCGUAUACUUUUGCCAGGUAUGGGGUCAGAUGGGGACUCUGUUCCACACUGUGAAGCAGAAGCUUUGAAUGAGUUAAUCAUCAGAGUAGCUUUGGAUGGAAAUGGAAAUGACUAAGCACAACACAUUCCUGAUGCAUUACUUGUUUUGAUAUAAAAUCUGCUUGUUGGGUACUGCCCAUGUCUUUCAGCCGUCUGAAUGACACAUUUUUGUUCAGAAAAGGUUCAGGUCUGUUGUGGAGCUGAACAGAAUGAGAGUAGCUGAAAGCUCUGGGAGUCCUUCCUGCUGUCCCCUCAUCCUUCCAGGACAGCUUCCCUAGCCUUGCCAAGACCAGAAGCUGCCUUGUAUUGGGCUACAUCACAGGAGGCUUAAUGGCAAGGAGUUCUGUCAUUUCUUAGGUGUCUUAGAACCACGUGGCUCGUAAAAGGAGCAAAAGAUUGCUUCAAGAACUGCAUGGGCUUGUCAGAUCGUUGAUUUGCUUGUUCUCAUGCCUGUUGUACAGCAGGAUAAGGUAAGGUGUUGUGUUGGUGUCUUUGUUCAGCUAUUUAGCUGCCAGCAUGAGGGGCGUUGUAGAGACCCACUGUGGGUGGGCUUGAUCUCAGCUUUAUUCUUAAACAGUAGUGGCAACAGUUCUUUCCUUCAGUUUUUGUUUUCAAGAAACUGAGCUGCCUUGAAACUGUAUAGAAAAUGCUUAGUAUGUUCUCUGCCUUUCAGAAUUGGAAGAGGAUUAAGGGCUACCUGUCAUGUGUUGCGAAUGUGCCUCGUUUGUCUGCUUUGGAUAAACUUGUUUUUCCCUCUUACUUCCAUGCUGUCUCUCUUAUGGGGAGAAAUGCGUGCAGUUUCUGCCAUACUUUGCUUGUGGCUGUUGCUUGCAGUGAAUUAAUUCAGUAUUUUUGGCUACGCUAUGCAGCUGUAAGUAUUAAUGCCAUAGGGAUGAUAGAUUUGGCUUUUGUGGAAGUACUGGAAAGCGUUUUGGUGCUGCUGUGAAGGUGUUUGGAAGAAGGCACGGAGACAGAAGCAGUCACUGAAAGUCAGGUUAAUUUGUGAAAAGAAUUUGGGGUGGUCCCUGAUGUACAAGUGCUGGCUGCCUGGCUCAGGUGAUCUCUGCCUGUUGUGUGUCUCUCUGAGCUACGUGUUGGCCUGUCUCAGGCUGUGUCUGGUGCUAUCAGGCAUGGGUCAGCCACUCCAGACUCCUCUUCCUUCCCUAAAUAUCAGCUUUUACUGCUGGCCCUGGUUCAUGUAAUGAGUUUAGAUUGAAUGCCUGUAUGCUGAUAGCACCCAGCUGCCUGGCAAGCCUGUGCGGGUGAAGAGCUGCAUUCUUCUCCUUGGAGGAUGAGUUACUUUGGAAGGCAGUUCAGCACUGUGGCUGGUGGAGCAGCACUUAGCAGGAGAGCGUGAGGUGCUUUGAACUUGUGUUCUAUUGCCUUCGCUUAAGAUGAGCCAGGAGUCAUGUGUUUCUACCCAUAUGUGAUAAUGCAAAGAUCAGUGACGUACCUUGGGCAGACCUUUGCUGCUGCACUCAGAACAAAGUGGCUCUGUUCCCAUCUUUUCUAGACUGGCUUUUCCCAUUGGAGCCCAUGCACACUGGCUAGCCUGUUCUUUAGGUCCACGGGAGCAGCCCAGAGCACUGUUUUUCUCAUAGUUCCAAUGAUGCAGGGAAGAGGAAAGUUGCUUUGCUGUCUGCUAAUCAGGGCUGUGCAGACAGGGAUUGAGGAAGGAUGGAUCUGCUCUGGCUCAGGAUGUUUUAGAAACAAUGCCCUAUUUAUAGGAGAGGGCAAAGGCCUGGAGCUGCCUGUGAGCAGCAGAGGAUCAGCCUGGCCUAGGGUCUCACCGUGGGGUGUGGUAGCACAGCAGUACCCCGGGCAAAGGAAUCAGGAAUGGUGGGACUGUAGGUGUGGUUUCCGUUUUAUUAACAGUUGUGUGUAAUUCUUAGACUUGUUCUGUUCUUUUCCUGCUCCCGUGUGAUGGGAUCGACAGCCCCCAUUAGUUUGCUAGUCCCCUGCCUGCUCCUUGCUGCUGGUGGGGUGGGAGUGUGUGCUGUGCUGUGCUGUUCUGCAGUUGGCAGUGCUGUGUGCACAGGAGCAGCUUGCCUGCACUGCUUUGGAGACAGGGCAGGGAGGUGGUCAGGAGGGGUGCCAGUAUGAGCGCACUGAGGGUAUGGCAGAGUGCUGAUGGGGGACAGAGGGCUGAUGGUGCAGCAUAUAUCUUCAGCUCAGUUGCUUACUCGUAUAGUCUAAAUUUAGCCCAUUCAUUAAUCCUAGAACCACAGAAUGGUUGAGUUGCAAGGGAUCCCAGAACCCCCCAAGCCCCACUCCAUUGCGGGCCAUUUCCCUUCCACCAGCUCGUGUGUCCAGGGCCUCAUCCAGCCUGUCCUGGAGCUCCUCCAGGUACGGGGCACCUACAACUUCUCUGGCCAGGCUGUGGCAGGUCUCACCACCCUCUGAGUUAAGAAUUUCCUCCUCACGUCUAACCUAAAUCUCCCCUCUUCUAGUUUAAAACUCUCAGUGAUAAUUGGGAGGAUUAUUCGCAACUGUCUGGGACAAUAUGAUAAAAAAUACUUGUCUUCAGGAACCUAUAUUGUCCUCUCUGAAGACAGGCAGCAGUGACCUUUUUGCCACAGCAAGCAACACUGCUUUGGUACAAAGUGUGGAAGGCCAGCAGCAUGCUGAGGCUUGGAGCUGUGUGUGACAGAUUUGUUGGUGCUGGAUCUUUGCAGCAAACCCACUUCUCCCUGGUGGUAAGGUGGCAGUUUCGCUUGCCUUUCUUGCUGCAGAACUCUGCUGGAGAAAUCAUGUUAUUUCUUGGUGUUCCUUCUCUGCUGAUCUAAACACAGGUCUCUUUUUCCCGAUUCACCAGUUUUCUCUGCUUUUUGACUUCUGUUGUUUAUCUUCCUAAAAAUUCCUCUGACUGCCAGCCACUGCCCUCCAGUUUCUCUGCUGGCAAAGUUAGAUCAAGUAUUGACACGCAGAACAUCAAACAAGUUUUCACUUGUGCUGUUGAGCUCUUCUCCAGUCAACAAAGCCAUGCAAAUGUGCCUGUGUGAAGCAGCAGCCAUCCUGCUGUUGCUGACUCUGGAGAGGUAGAUGUGGUUGUCUGUCAGUAGAGCUGGCAUGGUGUCUUGCAUCUUGCAGUGUAGAGAGCUCCAGUGGAGAUGUGCUGCUGCAGCAGUUGGCUGUGGGCUGUCCGAGGUGCUUUGAGCAGUGCAGAGCCUCAGAGAAACAGAACACUCCUGUUUGGCCUGCAUCAGUACAAGUACGCUGCAGAGGAGCUGGCUGAGAGUUCUGCUGCAGACAGGACAUGGUGCUGUGUUCCUGUGCCACCAAAUAAUUUCCUUGAGUUUGGGCCUUGGGGAUCCCUGGCAGCGUUUUAUUCCCGUUGCAGUGUUUUAUUUGUUUUUUAACCCAGUGAGACCUCUAAUUCCUUUUGUUAGCCCUCCCAGAUAUAUUCAGCAGCAACAGGGUUUGUGGAGGGUGCGCUAAGAAAGGCAGUCUUGAAUGUGUGGUUUGGGGAGGAAUGUUCUUCAGCAGUUGCCAAAGUACAGCUGGAAACUCCUGCUGUUGUGUAUGGUUGGAGUGCAGCUGAUGGUUCUCUUUUUUUUCUGUCCUCAGGUUGCACUAGGAGGCAGUUCUUGCAGGACCCAGGGGCUCUUGGAUGCCCCUGGAUGCUUUGGAGUCUCAUGCCAGCCUGAUGCAUGCAAGACACAGGUGAAACUGGGCAAAACUGGAGAUGGGGUGUUUGUAAGCACGUUGGCACUUGCCAUGCACCCAACAGAGACAGGUGACAGUAGCUUCUCCCGCUCUGCUGUGCAGACCCUCUCUCGGAGCCACUGCCGCAACAUUAAACAGAAGAUCUCCCAGUGGGAAGGGAGAACACAAGGAUGCUCCAGCAAGGAGAAACAGCAGUUGAAUGAUUUUGGAGUAAAAUAUGAUCCAGGCUGCGGUGUUCUGUCCAAAGUGAAGCCUGAAGAUAUAGAGAAGGGCAAAAAGGCUGGGUCUAAAGAUCCAAAGAACUUGGGUUUGGACUUCAGGGAAAAUGCAAGGAGUUGCUUGCAAACUGCUGACUGUGGUGACCUCAAGUCCUGUGCCUGCAGCCGUGCUCCCCAAGCCAAGGAGAAUGGAAAAUGGCAAGCAGGUUUCCCAGACCCAGGGGAGGCACUGCCCCCAGGCAACUUCUACACUUUGCAAGGGCUGUGGAGGAAAGUAGAGCCUAGCACAGCCCUGCCAGUUCCUGUGGACCUUCAGAAGAAGUGGGGGAACUGUGGCUUCACAGGAGAAUGGAAAGCCAAAGGAGUGGAAUUGUUCUGCGGGGUAGAGAGGAAUGUGAAAAACUCUUACUUGGAGGCUGUGGAGCAAGAGGAGAAGUUGGCUGCAGUCCCACCACCCAAGCCCCGUAGGACUUUCUGCUAUCUUGCAGAAAACUGUGCCAGCAGCUGCAGCGAUGCCAGUGCUACCAAGGAAGCUCCUCUGGAAAAGAAACGUGGAGGAGAUCUGGUUUCGUUUUCUAACAAUCUUGAGAAGAGAACAGUCAGCAGAAGGAUCCGAGGAAGAAUCCAAAGGAAAUCCUUUGAGUUUGAGGACAUUCAGGGCUUCCGCAACUGGAUGUCUGCUGCCAGGUCCCGUAAGCUUCAAGAAGAAACAGAUGGCACAGCAGGACCCAGGCUCAUCUACACACAGUCAGAAGACAACAUCUAUGAGGACAUUAUCUGUCCUGCAAAAGAGAACCUCUAUGAAGAUAUCAGAGUGCUGCCUUUACCCCUAUGGAAGGUCCCAUCUGUUUGGAAAUUACCACCUUCCCAAAGCACUAGUAGAGCUCCAAAGCUUCCUCCAAAACCUUCCUUCCUCAGUCGCAAAACUUUUGAGCUAAAGCCUUCCCUGACAAGUUUGCAAGGGAAAAUUGUGAAGGACACGACCUUGCCUGUGACACUGACUGACUGGAAGCUGUUCCGAGCAGUAGAGGCUACUAGCAGGAGAAAAAACUUGCCCUGGAUGGUACUAAAAAUACAGGAGAUCUUUGUUUCUAAGCGUGGGAAGAAGAGGGUGAAGUUGCUCAGUCCUGCUGGGAAGGAAGUGCUUCCAACAAAAGGUGAAACCAGUGGAAAUGAAAGUGAUACGGAAAACCAGCCAAAAAGUCGACACAGGGGCCUGCUACUGGUGCAGUCAGCCUCCAAGAGAAAUCCACACUACCAAACAUUGGAGAGAGAUUUAAUAGAGCUCCAGGAGCAGCAGCUUUUUGAGCUGUUUGUGGUAGUGUCACUACAGAAGAGGGCAUCUGAGAUAAAAUACACACCACAAAUCAUACAGCAGUUUCCCAGCAAGCCUGAACACCGCUUCAAACAGUCAAAGGAUACUGAAGAGAGGCUAAAGGUCAUUCCCAAAUUCUGCUUUCCAGAUCCCAAAGACUGGUUUCCUGCAUCAGACCUUAAGAGUGAAACAUUUUCUUUUGUGUUGACGGGUGAGGAUGGCAGCCGCUGGUUUGGAUACUGCAAGAAGCUCCUGCCAGAAGGGAAAGGGAAGCGCCUUCCUGAGGUGUACUGCAUCGUCAGCCGCCUGGGCUGCUUCAACCUCUUCUCCAAGAUUUUAGAUGAAGUGGAGAAAAGGCGAGAGAUGUCCCCAGCCCUCGUCCACCCAUUUAUGCGUAGCGUAAUGGAGGCACCUUUCCCUGCUCCUGGACGCACUAUUACUGUGAAGAGCUUCCUGCCAGGAGCAGGAAAUGAGGUUAUGAAACUCUGCCGUCCGUCGGAUUCUCGACUUGAACAUGUUGAUUUCGAAUGCCUGUUCAGGUGCCUAAGUGUCUCUCACAUGAUACGGGUCUUUGCGUCUCUCCUGCUGGAAAGGAGAGUGAUCUUUGUUGCUGACAAUUUAAGCACCCUGUCUAAAUGUGGCCAUGCUGCAGUUGCAAUACUUUAUCCCUUCACUUGGCAACACACGUACAUACCAGUGCUACCAACUUCUAUGAUUGAUAUUGUGUGCUCUCCGACUCCAUUCUUAAUUGGCAUUCUCUCCUGCUCAUUACCACAGCUCCAAGACCUGCCUGUAGAAGAGGUUCUGAUUGUUGAUCUUUGUGCUGACAAGUUUUUGCAAGAGGUAUCAGAUGAAGAAGAAAUCCUGCCUCAUAAACUCCAGGCUGCACUUGUCCAAAUUUUGGAGGAGCGAAAUGAAAUCUUGUCACAUGAGCAGAACUGUACACAAGGUGACAUGCCUCUUAAUUCCCUGGUCUCUGAAGCUUUUGUGCACUUCUUUGUGGAGAUUGUUGGUCACUAUUCCCUGCACAUGAACGUUACAGAAAAAGGAGAGCGAGUGUUCCAGCGGGAACCAUUCCGUAAAUCCCACACGUCACGCAAUGUGCGCCAUUUCCUGCACUUUUUCAUGGAGACACAGAUGUUUGCAGGGUUCAUACAGGAUCGAGAGCUAAGUAAGAGUGCUGUCAAAGGUCUUUUUGAGGUCCGUGCUUUGGAGUAUCUGGAGAGCAUUCCAGAGACUGAGCCGACUGGGAUGAACAGAAUCCUUCGCACUCUUGGAAGUAAGAUGAAAUUUCUCCAGAAGAAAUGAACGUGCGCUGCCGUAGAACGGCAGAGAGCCGCGAGGAAGCGGGUGUUGAACUAACCCCUGCCCGGAGCCGGACUCACAGCUUCCACCACAGCUGAGGCGACCGUGCCGGGCCGCCAUAAUAAGCAGCAGUGCCGCAACCAACCACCCGUGUCCUCUCCUCUCUGGGCGGGGCGGGGGCGGGUCCGGCCGUGCGCGCAGGCGCAGUGCGAAGCGCUGCUCUGUCUGAGGGUGGGCGCAUGCGCGGUAGUCGUGCGC